AUAACAGAUCCUAAUUGUUUAUAAAAAUGAAAGGGCAAAUUGCAUUAUUUAUCUUGUGCGAGUACGUGUUAUUUUCAAAAGUUAUGAGCCUAGCUCCGCCUUCUUUGAAGUAUUUACCGACCGGAAAUAUUGGUGUUCCCUCUCGCCAAUAUUUGGUAUCUGAUCGAGAUAGAAACUUGCACUAUAAGAAAGUGAAUGAUGCGCCGAGCGUUACAGAAUACGAACGCGAUCCUGGUAGUGGACGAACAAGAUAUGUUGCAACAAAGCAAAUACAGGUUCCUAUCGUCAAACAGGACUACGUAAGCGAUUCAAGUGGAAGUUAUAAUUUUGGAUUCGAAACUGCAAAUGGUAUUCAACGCGUUGAAUCGGGGCAUGUUUAUAACAAGCCGAAAAACUCACUAAACGUGGAAGGUUCAUAUUCUUACACAGGAGAUGAUGGUCGUACGUAUACCGUUAAUUACACAGCUGAUGAAAAUGGAUUUCAUGCAGAAGGUGAUCAUUUACCAACGCCUCCGCCCUUGCAUAACCACAAUGGUGUAGAAGGAACUUUCUCUAGAAGUGGUUCUCAAAACAAAGCCAAUGUGUACUCACCGUCGAUUCAAUAUCUGCCACCACAGCAUUUUUAUUCAAAGCGGCAUUAGAAAGAUAUUAUUAAAAGUAUUUUUCUAUAUUUU